AAAACAAACCAACUGUGAGAUUGUGUGCAGUCUAACCACUUUUGUGAUCAGUAGGUUUUGUAUUGAUCCAUUAAUGAGUCAAGUUAUAAUUUUUGAAGAUAGGAAUUUUAUAAAGUUUUGUAAUAAACAAAUACAUGAUCAGAAAUGUAUCUUGACUAACAAAUGCUUUAGUCAAGCCAAACAAACAGUCAGAAUUAAGUACCGGUAUGUAGAUCUACAAGUUUCAUAAUGCAAAGCUAACGCCACUGUAUUCAUGAGGACAGGUGCACAAUCAAUACUGUGGUUUUGGGAUUAUAAUGAAACUGGAUUAUAAUGAAACUGGAAAACAUAUAUAUAUAAUAUACAUUCUGGAAGGAUGCUGGGCUUGAAACAAAGGGAAGAAAACAUCAUCAACCAUCUGAGAAUAGACUUACGGUCUCAACCAUACUUUAUAUUAAAAUAGGCAAGCCCCCAACUGGAAAAUGUACAAACUGUAGCCAAACAGAAACAUUCAAACAUGUACAUAACUAGAAAUAAAAACACAAUAUCAACAUAAAUCACCUUCUUCAAGCAAUAAGGAGGGGAAACACCGUGACUUUUCAUUGUCAUCACCCUUGGGGGGGAGAAACAGCAGGCAAGACUUCUGUAUGUAUUUCCCCUGCAUGGUCCCGUCCCCCACACUCCAGUCCUGCUGGUGGCGCUAAUGCAGCGCCAACCGCCGAGAAACGUUUGAGAAGAAGAAGAAGAAGAAAAUCCAAAACAGACUGGCGCUAUAAAAGCGCCCGUUGAGUGGAUGCCAGCGGCUGAAACCGGAUAAAAGUAAUUUAUUGGGAUUUAAUAUCGAGUAUAUAACACAUUUGUGUGACUACGGUGUGGUUCUUGGAUUCCUCAAAGAAGUAACGAUUGAACGUCAUCAGGCUAAAGCGUGAAACGUGAAGCGCAAAGCAACAAGCUGAACUGCCUGUCUGGUCCAAACGAACAGAAUGCAGAAGGCCUCCCGUUUGAAGCGCGAGCUUCAGAUGCUGAGCACCGAGCCCCCUCCCGGGAUCACAUGCUGGCAGACCGAGGAGCGGAUAGACGACCUCCGGGCACAGAUAGUGGGCGGAACCGGGACUCCAUAUGAAGGUGGACUCUUUUCCUUGGAGAUUAAUGUCCCAGAUAGGUACCCGUUUGAACCUCCCAAAAUGCGAUUCUUGACCCCCAUCUACCACCCAAACAUCGACAAUUCAGGACGUAUCUGCCACGAUGCCCUCAAACUCCCACCAAAGGGUGCCUGGAGGCCAUCCCUAAAUAUCUCCACAGUCCUCACCUCCAUUCAGCUCCUCAUGACUGAGCCCAAUCCAGAUGACCCACUCAUGGCUGAUAUAUCAUCAGAGUUCAAAUACAACAAACAGCUGUUCACGGAGAAAGCCAGGAAGUGGACACAAGAACAUGCUAUUCAGAAGAACAUGGGAGUCUUGAAGGGCAACAAGGACAAUACUCCAGAUUCGAAAGCUUCAUCCCGCAAAAGGGAGGCUUUCGAGGUGUACCAGGAGGCAGUGGAGCCGCCAAAGAAAACUUGUGUGUAGUUUCCAUCUCGCUCGUCAGAGCCACAGGUCUCUUUUCCAGAGCAAACACUCCUUACACACCUGUUUGCAAAGAGUACGAUUUUUUAUUUCGUGCCAAUAUCUACCUAUUUUCACUAUAUAUGUAUUGCUAUGUAAUACAGUAAUAGCCACAUAUUUAUAUGUAUACAUUUGUAUGUUUGUCUCGUGAUAAUAAAGUUUAUUUUAACACUAAUUGAUUGAACUAA